AUGACAGGGUACUGCAUAUUCUCCAUGGAAGUGAGCACACAAGAACCCAUCAUUGAAAUCAAGCAUAAAAUCAAACACCUUCUGGGCAUCCCUUUCGACUCACAAAUCCUCACUAUUUGCGACUGCGAGCUUAUCGACAGCCUUGAUUUAGAAGACUACCCACUCGUCUCCGACGGCACCAAAAUCCACCCCUCAACCACGAAGCAAACCCCGCCGCCGCCACCAAUUAUUCAGCCGCCGCCGGCAACCAAAAUGAAAAUCACCGUCAAAUUAUCGGCAAGAAAGAUCCAAAUCGACGUCGACGAAACCGACACCGUCAGGAGCCUGAAGGAGAAGAUCCUCAUAGUGGAGGGACGCCGAUGCGGCGGAUGA